AUGGCCAGCGAGAAAGCUCAGAAAGCCUCAUUGGGCCGCGUCCUUGUCAUUGGCGGCUGCGGGUUUCUCGGCCAUCAUGUCGUGAACGUCCUGCUCCGAGACUGGACCACCAGCGCCGUCUCCGUCAUCGACUUGCGAUGCCAGCGCAACCGACGCCCUGAAAACGACGGGGUGGAGUACGUCGAGGCCGAUAUCACAGACUCGGACAAGCUCACCAAGGUAUUUGGCCGGCUCAAGCCCGAUGUUGUCAUCCACACCGCAUCGCCCCCAGCCCAGGGCAGCGGCGCCGUCAGCAACGACUUAUUUUACAAGGUCAAUGUCGAGGGCACGAGAGCUGUGGUCACGGCGGCGCAGCAAAGCGGCGUCAAGGCACUUGUAUUCACCAGUUCCGCGAGUGUCAUGAGCGACAACAAGAGCGACCUGAUUAAUGCGAAUGAGAACUGGCCCGUUAUCAGGGGAAAGAACCAGUCGGAGUAUUAUUCUGAGACCAAGGCUGAAGCAGAGUCAAUUGUCUUGGCCGCGAACCGCGCCGAAUCGCACCCCCAGCUCCUAACCGCUUCUAUCCGACCCUCGGGCAUAUUUGGCGAGGGUGACAUGCAAGCUGUCUUCCACAUGGUGAACAUUUACGAGCAAGGGCGAACAAACGUACAAGUCGGCGAAAACACAAAUCUUUUCGACUGGACCUAUGUUGAGAACGUGGCGCAUGGCCACCUCCUGGCCGCUCAAGCAUUGCUCCUGACGGCACAGAGCAGGACGAUACCCUUGGACCACGAGCGUGUUGACGGUGAGGCAUUCAUCAUUACCAACGGCCAGCCCGUGUACUUCUGGGACUUUACCCGGGCCAUCUGGCGCGCCGCAGGAAACGACAAGGGCACCGACCACGUCUGGCAAAUGUCGAGGGAGGUCGGCAUCGUGCUCGGCCUGCUCAGCGAGAUCGUAUUCGGCAUCUUACGAAAGCCGCCUACCUUCAACCGCCAGAGAAUUGUGUAUAGCUGCAUGACGAGGUACUAUGAUAUCUCCAAGGCAAAGAGGAGGCUCGGAUACAAGCCUCUGGUGGAUUUAAGCGAAGGUGUGAGAAGGGCUGUGCAAUGGACAUUGGAUCAGAAAAAACUGGCCAAGAAUUGA